AAAUGCAGAGGACUGGAAAUAAAAUUGGGAUUUGCUGAUCAUGGGGGUGUUGCUUGUUUUUUUUGGGCUCUCGUGAUGCAGGUGGUGUUCCGCAACGCGCUGGAGAUCGGAUUUCUGGGCGGGCAGUAUUUCCUCUACGGCUUCAACGUUCCGGCCAUCUUCGAGUGCGACCGCUACCCGUGCGUCAAGGAGGUGGAGUGCUACGUGUCGCGGCCCACCGAGAAAACCGUGUUCCUGGUGUUCAUGUUCGCCGUCUCCGGSGUCUGCGUCCUGCUCAACCUGGCCGAGCUCAACCACCUGGGCUGGCGCAAAGUGCGGGCGGCCGUGCGGGGAGCGCGGGCGCGGCGCAAAUCCCUGAGCGACGCCAGGAAAAAGGAACCGCCCGCGGCGGCGCCGGCGCCGGUACCGGCACUGGGCAGGACUCAGUCCAGCGAGUCGGCUUAUGUCUGAGACUGGGACUAAGAUUGGGGUCAGAUGGGCAGGACUCAGUCCAGCGAGUCAGCCUAUGUGUGAUACCGGGACUAGGAUUGGGGUUUGGGGUCUGGAUUUGGGAUUGGGAUCAGCACUGGGCAGGACUCAGUCCAGCGAGUCGGCCUAUGUGUGAUACCGGGACUAGGACUGAGAUUGGGACUGGGAUUGGGGUCAAAUGGGCAGGACUCAGUCCAGCGAGUCGGCUUAUGUGUGAAACUGGGACUAGGACUGGGGUUUGGGGUCUGGAUUUGGGAUUGGGAUCAGCACUGGGCAGGACUCAGUCCAGCGAGUCGGCCUAUGUCUGAGACUGGGACUAGGACUGAGAUUGGGACUGGGACUGGGAUUGGGGUCAGAUGGGCAGGAUUCAGUCCAGCGAGUCGGCUUAUGUCUGAUACUGGGACUAGGAUUGGGAUUUGGGGUCAGAUGGGCUGGACACAGGAUUUAUAUUAAUUUGGGGGUGUUUAUAUUUAUUUUGGGGCGGUUUAUAUUUCUUUGGGGGGGUUAUAUUGAUUUAGGAAUGUUUAUAUUUAUUUUGGGGGAGGUUUAUAUUUAUUUUGGGAGUAUUUAUAUUUAUUUUGGAGGGAAAUGUAUUUAUUUAGGAGGGGUUUAUAUUUACUUUGGGGUGUUCAUAUUAACUUUGGGGUAUUUAUAUCAAUUUUGAGGGGGGCUAUAUUUAUUUUUGGGGGGUUUAUAUUAACUUGGGGAGGGUUUUAUUUAUUUUGGGGUGGUUUAUAUUUAUUUUGGGGUGGUUUAUAUUUAUUUUGGGGUGGUUUUAUUUAUUUUGGGGUGUUUAUAUUUAUUUUAUUUGUAUUUAUUCCAGAGUGUAUUUAUUUGAGUGGGGUAUUUAUUUGGGGGGGGGUCAGAAGGUGCUGGGGGGGGCAGAGCCCCCCCAAAGUGUAAAUAAAGGGGUCACACAGGCCCGAGUGGCUCUGGGGGGUUUUUGGGGAGGGGUCCCUGGGGUGGCCCCUUAAUCCCCCCCUGAGCUGAG